CGCAUCCACCUGUUCCCCAAUUUGGGCAAAAAUUAUCUCCUUUCAAGAUUACCUACUGUUUGCAACUUCAAUCGCUGCUUCAAUCGAUCAACAAUUAGGGUUUUGGAAUUUGUAGCUUUUGGGUGAUUAUGGCGGAGUACCAUGACGAAAUCGAGCCGAAAGGCGAGUCGUUUAUGGAUAAAAUUACAGAGAAGAUUCAGCGCGACGAUUCUUCGUCGUCGGAUUCGGAUUCUGAGAAGAAGAAGAAGCACGAUGAUGAGUUGAAGAAGAAGCACGAUGAUGAGUUGAAGAAAAAGCAUCACGAUGCUCCUUCUCCGACUUCGAUGAAGUCGAAGAUCUACCGGUUGUUCGGUAGGGAGAAACCGGUUCACAAGGUUUUUGGUGGUGGAAAACCUGCUGAUGUAUUCUUGUGGAGGAACAAGAAGAUAUCAGCCAGUGUACUUGGUGGAGCAACUGCAGUGUGGGUGUUCUUUGAAUUGCUCGAGUACCAUCUGCUUACUUUGGUUUGCCACGUUUUGAUACUUGCGUUUGCGGUUCUCUUCCUGUGGGCAAAUGCUUCUAAGUUCAUUAACAAGUCUCCUCCACGUAUCCCAGAAGUUCGAAUUCCUGAGGACAAGUUUCUUCAGAUUGCUGCUGGAUUAAGGAUUGAAAUUAACCAGGCACUUGACACGCUACGGAACAUUGCAUCUGGAAGGGAUUUAAAGAAGUUUCUUGGUGUUGUUGCUGGACUGUGGGUUCUCUCCAUUGUCGGGAGUUGGUGCAAUUUCUUGACAUUGUUCUACAUAGCUUUUGUGCUUCUACAUACGAUCCCCGUGGUGUACGAGAAGUACGAGGACCAGAUAGAUGCAUUUGCAGAGAAGGCAAUGAUGGAGAUGAAGAAGCAGUAUGCAGUGUUUGAUGCCAAGGUUGUGAGUAAAAUCCCCAGAGGACCAUUGAAAGACAAGAAGAGAGCUUGAUUUUCAAUUCAUAUUUCCUUAUGGAUUGUAGUAGACAAGACUGUUGGUGAAUUUGUUGUUAUUUUGUAGCAGGUGUUGUGAUCUUUUUAGUGAUGCUCAACUGAUGUUUAUUUGUUUUUUUAAUCAAAAAGGCUUGUGUUGAAUGUGU